AUGGCCACAAUCAAGCCCAUCGAGGGCCGCACAAUUCACCAAAUUCAGUCUGGUCAGGUCAUUGUUGAUCUAUGCUCCGUCGUCAAGGAGCUUGUAGAAAACAGCAUCGACGCUGGUGCUACAAGCAUAGAUGUACGCUUCAAGAACCAGGGCCUGGACUCCAUAGAGGUCCAGGACAAUGGCGAAGGUAUUUCAGCAGACAACUACGAGACAAUUGCCUUGAAGCACUACACUUCGAAGCUUGCAACCUACUCCGAUCUGGCAACCCUCCAGACCUUUGGUUUCCGCGGCGAAGCCUUGUCAUCGUUAUGUGCCUUGUCUCAAUUCAGCAUUGUCACCUGCAUGGCACAGGAUGUUCCCAAAGGCACUAGACUCGAGUUCGAGUCAUCAGGGAAGCUCAAGGAAACGCAUGUGGUGGCCGCCCAGAAGGGAACCAACGUCAUCGUCGGGAACCUGUUUCACAACCUUCCCGUACGCCGCCGCGAGCUCCAACGCAAUGUCAAGAGAGAAUGGAACAAGGUUAUCGCAUUGCUGAACCAGUAUGCUUGUAUCCAGACCGGCGUCAAGUUUUCUGUCUCCCAACAACCUACCAAGGGGAAACGCAUAAUCCUCUUCUCUACAAAGGGCAACCCUACUACGCGAGAGAAUCUAGUCAACAUCUUCGGCGCCAAGACGAUGACGGUCCUGGUGAAACUCGAUCUUUCCCUCCAAUUCGAGCCUACCACUAAGCCGGGCUUGAAAUCUACUACUCAAGACGAUAAAACUUCUACCAAGGUCCAGGUCCGGGGUUACGUGAGUCGCCCUGCACACGGAGAGGGCCGUCAGACCCCUGAUCGACAAAUGUUCUUCGUCAAUGGCAGACCAUGCGGCCUCCCUCAGUUUGCCAAGGUCUUCAAUGAGGUUUACAGGGCUUAUAAUUCCUCCCAGUCGCCCUUCAUAUUGGCGGAUAUUCAGCUCGAUACGCACCUGUACGAUGUCAACGUCAGCCCGGAUAAGCGCACAAUCAUGCUCCAUGACCAGAAUCGCAUGCUGGAGACUAUGAAGGAGGCAUUGUCCUCCCUCUUUGAUUCCCAAGACUAUUCCAUCCCGUCCGCACAGCAGUCAACACAAAUGACACAGAUGGCGAAAGCGGCUCCCAUUCUUGAGAACGACGGUUCCGACGGUGAUGGCGCACCUUCGAAAGGAGCAGAGGCCGCCCCGACGAAGCAGACGAGUCCAAAUGACGACGAUGAGCUUAGUUCCGAGAAUGAUGACGAACAAUCACACUCACGCACCAAGCCGCCACGCAAGCCCCGUCAGAAAAAGCCACAAAAGCUCACAACAGCAGAGCUACAGUCCCAGAGCUUACUCAGCCGGUGGGUUGGACGAGCAGCCGAAAGCCGUGCUUUGCAACGGGAAAGAGAGAUAGAAUCCGAAGAGCCUGUCGCCGAAGACAGUGGUGAGAAGGCUACGGCCACUGAUCCUCACUCUGGUGCGUCUGAAUCAGAGGAUGAGGUGGCCGCGGAGGCUGCCGAGAGCACUUCGUUCAAGACGCCGCGACAGGUCCUCGACUUCAACGCUCGGCUUUCAAACAACGAUCAACACCAGGAAACAGAUGCUUCACGGGGGAGUGUCUCACGGGCUUCUGACGAUGGCGCCGAAAACAGACAGGCCCAGAUUCCUGCUAUGACACCUAUUAGAACACCAAGAGUUGACCCUCUUGCAUCUUCAUCAACUCCACGGCUACCUAAGCGGUCAGCUCUAGAAGUUGCUACAGUGUCUAUUGGAGACAGCACGGUUACCAGCUCGGUUGAGCCGACUCCAAAGAGAACAAGACUUGAGCCAGUCUCAACAUUAAGGUCAACCGCGGCGACAACCUCCUUUGGCUCAAGGUUGACGCAGAUGUUCUCUGCGAGCAACGCAGCGAGGCAGAAAGGUAUCGCCAGGGCGAGCACUGAUCUAUCAGAAAACCCCAGUGAAGGUGCAGAUGUAGAGUCAGGUGAGGGCAGGGAGAGUGAUGGCAGCUCGGAGGAGCUGCCUGCAGAUGAAGCCAUGGCCGGCCAGGAUGAUGGCUUCGAGUCUGCUUCCGAUAGACCCGAAGAGCAAUCAAGUCCAACAACCAAACCCGAUAUAGACGUGCCGCGUCGCAACAAGGCCCCGGCACCCGUCACAACGAACGACGAGAGUCUAAAGGAUGAGGCAGCGGCACCCACAAUCCUCGCAGAGACUCGGUCGAAUGCCCUCAAAGGGGGCACCAGGCGAAAAGACGCAACUUUACAGCAGAGGCAGAAUGUCAAGAUUGACACGGCCGACUUACAAUCUCGCAUCGAAUCUUGGCAGGCAGAGCUAAGGCGCAUCACCCACCAGCGAAGCCGACAGUCCAAGAGCUCCUCCGGCAUCGAGGCUCUCAAGGCCGAGGAUGCGGAAGCAGCUCUUUCCUUGAUCAUCUCAAAGUCGGAUUUCGCAAAGAUGACUAUUGUCGGCCAGUUCAACCUCGGCUUCAUCAUUGCCGUCCGACAUGCGGCCAGGGAUCAAGACGGGGAUGCGAUCGGGGACGACGAGCUAUUCAUCAUAGACCAACACGCGUCGGACGAAAAGUACAACUUUGAGAGGCUGCAGUCGACAACGGUCGUCCAAUCUCAGAGACUGGUCCACCCGAAACAGCUGGAACUCACAGCCCUGGAGGAAGAAAUCGUCAUGGAAAACGUGCCGGCAUUGGACGUCAACGGCUUCAAGGUCAGCGUCGACAGUUCGGGUGAUCAACCCGUGGGAGCGAGGUGUAAGCUGCUCGCGCUACCCCUCAGCCGCGAGACGACCUUUACAUUGUCCGACCUCGAGGAGCUCAUCUCCCUGCUCAGCGACCACCACCUCACCGAGGUCAGCUCCGCGCCUCGGCCGUCCAAAGUGCGGUCCAUGUUCGCCAUGAGGGCGUGUCGCAGCAGCGUCAUGAUUGGCAAGGCUUUGGCGCAACGGCAGAUGGAGAAGCUGGUGCGUCACAUGGGCGAGUUGGAUAAGCCGUGGAAUUGUCCGCAUGGGCGGCCGACGAUGAGGCAUCUGAGCGGGCUUGGUGCCUGGGACGAUAUGGGGUGGAAGGAGACUGAGCCUCGGGUCGACUGGGCCAAGUAUGCUCGGGCAUAG